AUGUCUGGUAGCCUGUGUAUGUCUGGCCGCCUGCGUAUGUCUGGUCAACUUUGUAUGUCUGGUCCCCUGUGUAUGUUUGGUCAACUGUGUGUCAUGUCAGGUCGCCUGUGUUUGUCUGGUCGCCUGUGGAUGUCUGGUCGCCUGUGGAUGUCUGGUCGCCUGUGUAUCACAUCUGGUCGCCUGUGUAUUAUGCCCGGUCGCCUGUGUAUUAUGUCUGGUCGCCUGUUUAUGUCUCGUCGCCUGUGUAAGUCUGGUCGCCUUUUUAUUAUGUCUGGUCGCCUGUGUAUUAUGUCUGGUCGCCUGUGUAUGUCUGGUCCCCUGUGUAUGUUUGGUCAACUGUGUGUCAUGUCAGGUCGCCUGUGUAUGUCUGGUCGCCUGUGUAUUAUGUCUGGUCGCCUGUGUAUGUCUGGUCGCCUGUGUAUCAUGUCUGGUCGCCUGUGUAUCAUGUCUGGUCGCCUGUUUAUGUCUGGUCGCCUGUGUAUGUUUGGUCAACUGUGUGUCAUGUCUGAUAUCCUAUGUCGCCUGUGUUUGUCUGGUCGCCUGUGGAUGUCUGGUCGCCUGUGGAUGUCUGGUCGCCUGUGUAUCACAUCUGGUCGCCUGUGUAUUAUGUCUGGUCGCCUGUGUAUUAUGUCUGGUCGCCUGUUUAUGUCUGGUCGCCUGUGUAAGUCUGGUCGCCUUUGUAUUAUGUCUGGUCGCCUGUGUAUUAUGUCUGGUCGCCUGUGUAUGUCUGGUCCCCUGUGUAUGUUUGGUCAACUGUGUGUCAUGUCAGGUCGCCUGUGUAUGUCUAGUCGCCUGUGUAUUAUGUCUGGUCGCCUGUGUAUGUCUGGUCGCCUGUGUAUCAUGUCUGGUCGCCUGUGUAUCAUGUCUGGUCGCCUGUUUAUGUCUGGUCGCCUGUGUAUGUUUAGUCAACUGUGUGUCAUGUCUGAUAUCCUAUGUAUGUUUGGUCAACUGUGUGUCAUGUCUGGUAGCCUGUGUAUGUCUGGCCGCCUGCGUAUGUCUGGUCAACUUUGUAUGUCUGGUCCCCUGUGUAUGUUUGGUCAACUGUGUGUCAUGUCAGGUCGCCUGUGUUUGUCUGGUCGCCUGUGGAUGUCUGGUCGCCUGUGGAUGUCUGGUCGCCUGUGUAUCACAUCUGGUCGCCUGUGUAUUAUGCCCGGUUGCCUGUGUAUUAUGUCUGGUCGCCUGUUUAUGUCUCGUCGCCUGUGUAAGUCUGGUCGCCUUUUUAUUAUGUCUGGUCGCCUGUGUAUUAUGUCUGGUCGCCUGUGUAUGUCUGGUCCCCUGUGUAUGUUUGGUCAACUGUGUGUCAUGUCAGGUCGCCUGUGUAUGUCUAGUCGCCUGUGUAUUAUGUCUGGUCGCCUGUGUAUGUCUGGUCGCCUGUGUAUCAUGUCUGGUCGCCUGUGUAUCAUGUCUGGUCGCCUGUUUAUGUCUGGUCGCCUGUAUAUUAUGUCUGGUCGUCUGUGUAUGUCUGGUCGCCUGUGUAUUAUGUCUGGUCGACUGUUUAUGUCUGGUCGCCUGUGUAUCUUGUCUGGUCGCCUGUGUAUUAUGUCUGGUCGCCUGUGUAUUAUUUCUGGUCGCCUGUGUAUGUCUGGUCGCCUGUGUAUUAUGUCUGGUCGCCUGUGUAUGUCUGGUCGCCUGUGUAUGUCUGGUCGCCUGUGUAUCAUGUCUGGCCGCCUGUGUAUUAUGUCUGGUCGCCUGUGUGUCAUGUCUGGAUGCCUGUGUAUGUUUGGUCAACUGUGCGUCAUGCCUGGUCGCCUGUGUAUGUUUGGUCAACUGUGUGUCAUGUCUGUUCGCCUGUGUAUGUUUGGUCAACUGUGUGUCAUGUCAGGUCGCCUGUGUAUGUAUGUCAAAAUAUAG